AUGGCUGUACGCAUGCUCUGGCUAUGGGCCAGCCUACUGGCAAUUUCUGCACUCGCCGAAGAGUGCAAUCGCGAUUUCGAAAUAGAGUACGCCGACAACACCAAAUCGCUCUUCAACAACUGCACCACAAUCGUCGGCAACAUCGACCUGGGCGAAGGAUUCAAGGGCCCGAUCACAAUGGGCGACGUCGUAAAUAUCACAGGGACAAUCACGCUGCGGGCCCCUUCGACUGAUGACCCGAUGGGGAGGUCUAGCGUACACCGUCUUGAGGCCCCAGCGCUCGAAUACCUGGGUGGCUUGGUGAUUCCCGAUACAGAACUUGGCGAUGUGUCCCUGCCGAAGUUGAAGAACGUUACGGGGGAGAUAUCGAUCUCCCCGUCGAAUUCCGCCGGCAGUGAAGUUGAGUUGCGUUUUGCGGCGUUGGAGGAGGCUGGUGGGAUUGAUAUUGGGUUGGAUUAUAUGAUUUACGACGAUGGGAGUUAUCCGCUCCCAAGACUAGGCGUUGACAUGCCGUCGCUGCGUUCUGCGGAGUAUAUUCGACUCUGGGGAUAUGUAAACAGCAUUAACAUGCCGGAGCUCACCACAGUCGGCCAGCCCGUGGAUACCAGGCACACCGAUCGUAGUGGGCUCGAGAUCCAACUCGCAGAGAAGGGAGACAUAUUAGAUAUUAGCCUUCCAAAGCUUGAAUCGGUUGAAUCAAACCUCACGCUUUCUGGCAAUAUAAGGCAGCCCCAACUGGAUUCCCUGACGAAGACCUCCGCCAAUAUCACUAUAGACACCUCAUCUCGUCUGGCCCUAUCGCUACCACUCAUUGAAGCCAAGACAAUUACACUAAACGGCACCAUUUACUCCGCCUCGUUCUCCGACAUCCAACGUUUCGAAUCCGUCACAGUCACCUCCCAACUUGACGACUUCGAUUGCGACCAAUUCAAAGAGCGGCUGAAUCAGGCAUCCAGUCCAGGCAGUAUAUCCUGCACCGCAGGCCCUCCGUCGAAGAGUCUUAGCUCGGGGGCGAAGAUCGCGUUGGGGGUUACCAUACCGAUUGUCAUGGUCCUGGUGGCGACUGCCAUGGCACUUGUGCUUCGGCGGCGUCGUAGUGUCAAGGACAAAGAGACUAUCGCGGCUUCUGGCACGGAGGGUCCUCCUCCUUAUAAUAUCGCGAUGCGGCCAUUGCCCCCGAGGGCUGAGGCCGCAGCGCCACCGCCGUAUUCUGCUAGUUAA